AUGUCUCCUGCACCUGAAGAACAAGUCGAAGACCUGAUCAAACGUCAAAAUCUCACUGACGAUGAGGUCUGGGGGCUUUUUGAUAAACUCAAGCCUGUCGGCCCCGAGCAUUUCAUAGGCGCCUGGAAAGGCGGUAACGUGAACACCAACCACCCGACCGAGGCAAAGAUGGAGGCCCUGAAAUGGGCUGGCAAAGACUUCCGAUCCACCGAAGAUGUUGACCCCAUCAUGGGCUACAAGGAAGAUGGCUCUCGAGUUUGGAACGAGGACUGGGGCCAUGCCAGACUUCGUCCUAUGCAAUACCGUGGUGGUAUUACGACAGCCAUGAUCUAUGAUGAUAAACCUAUCAUUGACUAUUUCAAAUACGUCAAUGACACAUUGAUUUUGGGAGCGAUGGAUGCGAAGUCUGCACCGGGAACAUUUUUCUUUUACUUGUAUAAAUAA